AUGGCUGGUGUCCGCAUUGCUUUGGAAGGCUGCGGCCAUGGCAGUCUUCAUGAAAUUUAUGAUACUGUUAAGGUGAAGGCCGCCCAGGAGGACUGGGAGUCUGUUGAUCUCGUCAUCAUUGGAGGAGACUUUCAGGCAUUGCGAAACUCAAAUGAUGCUGCCUGCAUUUCAAUGCCCCCAAAGUAUCGCCAGAUUGGUGAUUUCCAUGAGUAUUACAGUGGCCAGCGCAUUGCUCCGUAUUUGACCUUAUUCAUCGGAGGAAAUCAUGAGGCCAGCAACCAUUUGUUCGAACUCUACUACGGCGGUUGGGUUGCACCCAACAUCUACUUCCUUGGCGCGGCCAACACUGUCCGCUUUGGCCCUCUUCGCAUCUCCGGCAUGUCUGGUAUCUGGAAGGGGUACGACUACCGCAAACCACACUUUGAGCGUCUUCCUUACAACGAAGAUGAUGUCCAGUCGAUCUAUCAUGUGCGUGAGCUCGACGUUCGCAAACUGCUUCAAAUUCGCACCCAGGUCGAUAUCGGUCUCUCUCACGAUUGGCCUCAGGGCGUCGAAAAGUUCGGUGACCACCGCACUCUCUUCAAGAAGAAGCACGGUUUCCAGCUUGAUUCCGAGAAUGGACGACUUGGUAGUGUCGCUGCUCGUGAGGUUCUGGCUCACCUUCGCCCUAGACACUGGUUCUCUGCUCACUUGCAUGUUCGAUUCACUGCUGAUGUCGCUCACGAUGCUCCCACUUCCCACGGUCCUGACUUCCGUUCUCAACACUCCCACAUGGCUUCGCAUGACAAUGGCCAGGCUCCACUCGAUAACAAACAGAGCAAACUUGGUCUCGCUGUUGGAGACGAGAAAUCUCGCCUCGCGGCUUGGCAGAAUUUUGGUCAGGUCGCCCAUCAACAAGAAAUGGCCGACCAGGCAACUUUCCUGGCUGCAUUCAAGGAGCGAGAAGCGUCUGGCGUCCGUACAGGACGAGAUAUUGUGUUCGAGGAGACACUGAAGAUCCGCAAUGGUCCAAUCCAGAAGUUCGUUCGUGGAUCCGAUGGGCAGAGAGUCCAAGCCAACCCCACCCCCGAUGAAGGCGAAACUAUUUCCAAUGCCGACAAGAUUAGCCUGGGCAGUAGUCCCCCUGGUUCACCCUCUGAAGACAAGGUCAUGCAGGAUUACUCCAGUGCAGCGGCUGGCCCCAAUGAUGUGGCCAACUCCGACAAAGUCAAUCUCGACAGCAAUUCUCCUGAGUCGCCUUCUGAAGACAAGGUCAUGAAAGAUUCCUCCCUCUCCAACACCAUCGCUGGUUCCAAUGAUGUGGUCAACUCCGAGAAACUCAGUAUCCAGAGCAGUCCUGCCAGUGCAGCCAGCGGUCGUCUCACUUCUGAUCAUGCUUCUCCGUCGAAAAUCAAAUUCUCUCAUGGUCGUGAUGAUGUUGAAAAUGAUGACAAGAUUAGUCUGGCCUCAAGCCCCAAGAGCGUCUCCAGCUUGGCUCGCCGUGAUGAUGAGAGAGACCCCUGGAAGUCUGCGUCCCACGGAUGGGGCGAUGCCACCUCUGAUGUGAAGAAACUUGAACCUGAAACCGGUGCACUGGUCGACGACGAUGACUUGCUCGAUAUGGCUGGCAACGAGCUUCCUACCAGUCUCGAACGUGCCCCUACUCCCGUCAAAGUCGACAAAAUUCUUCCGGCCCCAGAGAAGAUUGCCAACAACCUGACCAAAUUCUUGACCUUGGACAAGCCUCACAACCGCGAUGACUUCGUUGAAUUGCUUGAGAUAAUGCCUAUUUCUGAGCAGGAGGAUACGCCGCAGCGCCCAUUCCGUCUUCAGUAUGACAAGGAAUGGAUCGCCAUCACUCGCGUGUUUGCCGAUGAACUUGAGCUCGGUAAUCCAAAUGCAUCUGUCCCAGCCCACAAAGGAUACGCGCAUUAUCAGAAGCGCAUUGCUGAGGAGGAGGAAUGGGUCGAAGAACACGUCGUCAAGGCUGGCUUGCUGGACAUUCCUGAGAAUUUCGUCCUCACUGCUCCAAUCUACGAUGAGACUGUAGAAAUCACUACCACCCAACAGCCCCAGGAAUAUACCAAUCCUCAGACCGAGUAUUUCUGCACCAAGAUCGCCCAGAUUGACAACAAGUUCGACCUUACCGAUGAGGAACGCAAGGCUCGCAUGGAAGUUGGACCCCGCCCUGCCCGCCCUCGCGAUGGACGUGGACAUGGUCGCGGUGGUCGUGGUCGCGGUCGUGGUCACGGGCGUGGUGGACGUGGUGGACGCGGUGGGCGCGGUCGCGGAGGUCGUGGCGGCCACCCUGCCGGACCUUAUUGA